UAUUACUAUUUUCUUGUUCUUUAUAUUUCUUACAAUGAUAAUGGAUACUUGCCAAACAAAAGCUUCUAUUUAUGAUACUAUACCACACCUUGAUUCUUGGUAUCAAAACAAGACAGCUACUGUGGUGCCUUGUGUAAAUCAAAAGAAAAGAAAGACUUGUUCCAAUACUGUUUCCUUUUCUGAUGCUCCUCCUUCUGUCUAUUGCUACCAAGAACCCAAGGAACGGCCUACACCUUUAAAAAGAAACAACAGUAGUUCUGAACAAGUGAAAGGACUUUUAAGAUACUGCACAAGUAAACUUGCGCGACAGCGUUCUUAAUAUACCAACAACAACAACAACGACAACAACAAAAGUACACUUUAUUAUUAUACAAUAUAAUCUUCUUUCUUUAUACGCUUUACUUCUAC